AUGGCACACCCAUGUGGUCGAACAUUUUUGUCGGCUUUGAUACAACUCGUGCCGUGUAGACCAUCAGUGGCUCCGUUUAGCACAUUGUCUCCUAACAUGCUAUGUUGCGCAGCCAUCAAGACACUUGGUCAACCUUGUCUAUGCGUUCUUGCCAAAGGACCACCUGUAGCUGGCGUUGACCGCACUCUCGCCCUCCAAUUACCUGGCAAAUGCUCUGCCAAUUUUCCUCCCUGUGAUAUGUUAAAAGUAGUAAAACCAGUCCUUUGA